AUGGCGUCCUCAACGCAGGCCUUCCAGGAGCUUUUGCGGAUUCCCGCUCCAGAUGCCUUUCGAAAAGCUGUCCAGGCAGGCAUGCAAAGUGCCGAGCAAUUGGAAGAACGGUAUGGCCCUCGGAGAUGCAAAUACUUCAAGAUGCGAAGGCGCAAGCUCGACUGGUGUUGUCAACGAUAUCACGUAGACAUCGAUGCCUACGAAUUCUCGUGCCAGAGGCAGCUGGCCAUGCGACUGCAGCGAGCGGAACACUCGGGGCACCCAGAGACUGUUGACAAGCCGCACAGCUUCUUUUCUUGGCUUUGGACGCCAUGCUGCAUGGGCACAGAGGUUGACACAAUGAAGAGAAUGGAGUUGGUGGUGUAA